AUGACAGCUCAAGCAAUCCGCGCCGCCCGUGUGCUUCCCAGCAGUUCGUCGCAGCUGAUCCAGGACGGAGUUGUCCUUAUCCAAGAUGGCCGGAUCAAGCUGGUCGGGAAUUGGGCUACUCUGGAAAAGGAACUUGAAGGUGUGCAUGUUAGAGAUUUGGGCGACGUCACUCUUAUGCCCGGUUUGUUCGAUUGCCAUGUUGGUCACGCCUUUGCUGUCAGCCCCAGAUUCACACACUCACAAUGGUACGUUUCAACUACAGAUGAGGAGCUCAUCCCAUUGAUGACAGUCAACGCCUCACGGCUGCUAGAUGCGGGCGUCACCACGGCGCGCGACUUGGGAUCUCGUGGAAUGACGGCUAUCCUUCUUCGAGACAAGAUCAAGAAGGGCGAAGUCAUUGGCCCUAGACUUCAGUGCGCAAACGCACCCCUUACCGUCGAGAAGGGUCAUGCCCAUGCCAUGGGUGGUGUUUGUCGUGGUGUUGAAGGGGCACGUGCAGAAGUUCGGAAACGAUACGCUGAAGGCGCGGACCUGAUCAAGGUCAUGGCGACUGGGGGUUUCAUGACAGCAGGCUCUCAUCCUUCUAAAGCCUGCUUCUCUCAAGAGGAAAUGACUGCCAUUGCUGAUGAGGCGAGGCGACUUGGCAUGCCAGUUACCACUCAUGCCACGGGCACUGAAGGAAUCGAGAGAGCAGCCGAUGCAAGGUUCAGGUCAAUAGAGCACUGCCUGGAUCACGGAGAGUGGAAACGCAACAUUUGA